GUGUUAUGUAUCCUCUAUGAUAGAAACUGUGUUUCAAAUUGGUAAUUAAUAGCGAUCCUUUAUGUGCUAUUGUUAGUGUAAGUGUACAAUAUUGUGAAAUAUUUCGUCUUGAUUCUUUUUAUUUUGGUGGACUCAUUCGUAAUUAUUUUGAGAUCCAAAUACAGGGUUAAGAGACCCGAGUGUGACCUGCUCUGUGGAACUAUACGUCAGAAAUGUCGGAAAUGCCUUGGGAGCGGCCCCCGGAGGAAGGUGUGGCCAGCAACCAGGCGCUGUCCGCGCGCGCCUCUACUCUGCUGGAGAGCCGCAGUCUGCUGGACGCGACCUCAGAGGCCACGCUACCCCGCCUCACGAGCAUCGUGUGCACCAUCGGACCGGCCACGCAGAGCGUGGAGAUGCUGGAGAAAAUGAUGGAGGCCGGCAUGAACGUGGCGCGCCUCAACUUCUCGCAUGGCACGCACGACUACCACGACCUCACACUCAACAACAUACGCACCGCCGUGCAGAACUACAGUCGCCGCAUCAACCGCGUGUACCCGCUGGCCGUGGCGCUGGACACCAAGGGCCCGGAGAUCCGCACGGGCAACCUCCUGGAGGGCGGAGAUGCGCAGAUAGAGCUGAAGGUGGACUCGGAGAUCAAGCUGACUAUAGACCCGGCCUACAUCGACCAAGGCACGAGUGAAGUCCUGUACAUCGACUACCCGCGCAUAGUGGACAUCGUCAACCCAGGGGACAUAGUCUUCGUGGACGAUGGCCAGAUCGCUCUGUGCACCAAGGAGAAAGGCCCGGACUCGCUGCUGUGCACCGUGGUGAACGGCGGGCGGGUGGCCGGGAAGCGCGGGGUGAACCUGCCAGGACUGCCCGUGGACCUGCCAGCCGUCACGGAAAAAGACAAGCAGGACCUGGCCUUCGGCGCGCAGCGCGACUUCGACAUGGUGUUCCCGUCCUUCGUGCGAGACGCCGCCGCCGUGCGCGAGGUGCGCCAACUAAUGGGGGACAAAGGCCGCAGCAUUAUGAUCAUGCCGAAGAUCGAGUGCCACCAGGGUGUGCUAAAUAUCGACGAGAUCAUCGCAGAGGCUGACGGCAUCAUGGUGGCACGCGGUGAUCUGGGCAUCGAGAUCCCUGUUGAGAAGGUGCCCAUCGCCUAUCACUGCAUCGUGGCCAAGUGCAACCUGGUGGGUAAGCCGGUAAUCUGUGCGACGAACAUGCUGGAGUCCAUGGUGUACAAGCCUCGCCCCACGCGUGCGGAGAUAAUGGACGUGGCCGGAGCCGUGCUGAGCGGUGCAGACCUCGUCAUGCUGUCGGCCGAAUCGGCCAAGGGCAUGUACCCACUGGAGUGCGUGCGCACCAUGGCCGCCAUCUGCCGCGAGACGGAGCGUGCCGUCUACCACCGCCAGGUGUUCGGCGACCUCAUCAGCAUGGUGGUCCCGCCGCUGGAGCCCACUCACUCGCUGGCCAUCGCGGCGGUGCAGGCAGCCGUGAUGUGCGAUGCCACCGCCAUCAUCUGCACCACCACGUCCGGCCGGUCGGCGCAGCUGCUGUCCCGCUACCGCCCGCCCUGCCCCGUGGUCGCCGUCACGCGCUUCGCCCGCGUGGCUCGCCAGCUACAGCUCUACCGCUCCGUCCUGGCGCUGCUCUACAUCUCGCCGCCGCUGGACGACUGGCUGCAGGACGUGGACUCGCGCGUGCAGUACGGCGUAUCCUACGGCAAGCAGACGGGCUUCGUGCGCCCGGGCGACGCCAUGGUGCUGAUGACGGGCUGGCGAGCCGGCUCGGGCUUCACCAACACCCUGCGCAUCGUGUACGCCUCCAUCUGACACUGCCUCCUCCGCUCUCUCCCGCAGCGCCGGUGGGGUUCCUGCCCGCUCCAAAUUAGCUGUGUCGUCACCACGCCUGUUCUGUGCUCGUGAAUAAACUGGGGGUUUCUGCCCAAACAGC